AUGUCGCCAGAGUAUACAGUCUUUGGGAGAUUUUCUACAAAAUCUGAUGUCUUUAGUUUUGGGAUCAUAAUGUUGGAGAUUGUAAGUGGCCAGAAAAACAGUGGCUCUGAUCUGGAGGAUCCUUCUGUGAACUUAAUAGGACGUGUUUGGGAGCUCUGGAGAGAAGGCAGAGCCUUAGAUAUUUUGGAUUCGACACUGAAGUCAUAUCAGCCUAAUGAAGUCAUGAGAUGCAUACAAGUUGCGCUCUUGUGUGUACAAGAAGAUUCAAAGGAUCGACCUGCCAUGUCAGCCAUUGUUUUCAUGUUGAGUGGUGAAGCAUCUCCUCCAUUGCCUAUGCAGCCAGCAUUUGUUUACAGAAGAGAUUCCGGCGCUGAUGUUGAUCCAUUAUUUCCGAAAGAAUCUUAUUCUAUAAACGACUUGACAAUAACUACAAUGGAAGCUCGAUGA